GUUGACAUUUUAAAAGGGAUUCUGAUUGCUCGAGCUCCGCGAUUCUUUCCUAUACAAACGAAUGAGGAUUAUACCAGGAAUUUAAGGAAAGAUUAUACAAGUCCUUUUAUUACAUAUCGAGGCACAGACCAACGGAAACUUGCGUGGACACAAAAGCUGUUUGUUUUCAAGACACCGAUGUCAUAUUUACACAAGAAUAAUUAACUUGUUCGCGGAGACGGGCAAUUUCAGCAUCCUGAGAAUACGAAGAAAUAAGAGACAGUUGGAUUCUUAAUUUGAGGACUUUCUGAACGAACUUUGUCCUGCAGUACAAGUCAAAGGGAAUGUACGCUGUACGCACACCCACAAACGAGCCACGUGCUCGCGGCAUGGACACUUCUUUCAAUCGAUAUAUCUCAGUGAUUCAGCAUAUACCAACAAGAAAAAUACACGCAAUCGGAGGAGUUUUGAUUGGGAUGAACAAUGCUGUGGAGGUUGAACCGAAGUCAUCCGGGGGAAGAUGGUCGCUUAAAACAUCUUCAUCAUGUAUGGAGGAAGCAUCGUCGCUUGUACCAUCUUCCUCAGACUGUGAAAAAACAGAUCAAUCAGAAAUAGCAAUGGUUAAGACAUUCCAAGGCGCACCACUUUACCAUUGGUAUUGUACAUUGAUACUAAUGUUAUGUUAUGGCUUCGGAGAGCUAGGACAUUUCCUGAUCGGUGUGACGUCACGAGAAAUGGCGCAAGACGUUCAUUUUGGUGACGUAGGCUGCGUGACGUAUGACGUAAUGGUCGAAACGUCGGCUGCUGUUAGAUGCGCGGAAAUUAAAAACUCGACUUGGUGUGGAAAUAUUACUCAAAAUGGGACAAGAUAUUGCGAGUGGAAUUAUACUGGCCAAGGUAUCGAAUAUCAAGUGUUGGCCGGACCAGUUUUUAUCGCAAUAUUUACUGUUAUGGGACUCGUUAAUGGAAUACUAGGAGACAGAUACAACAGGAUUCAAAUUCUCUCCGUGAACGUUAUGUUCUACUCCGUAAUGACACUUUCUAGCGGUUUCGCUGACGUAUAUUGGCUUCUGGCUUUAUUACGGUUCGGCUUUGGAGCAGGUGAGUCAGCAUGCACGCCUUUGACAUCAAGUAUUGUUGUGGACUUAUUCGAACCUCGGGUUAGAGGGUCAGCUAUGAGUUUUUUUAACUGGGGAAUUUACUUUGGGUACGGGCUGGCCUUCGCUAUUGGAAAUUAUCUCACAGAUGCCAAUAUCCUUGGGAUGAGUUGGCGUUGGUGUUAUUUUUUUGCUGGUGGGCCAGGAAUGAUCAUGGCUGUCGUUCUAUACGCAACUGUAAGAGAACCACAACGCAGACUUAAUGAAACUGAAAUUGAAAAAAGAGCAGGUGAAAUCUCGAUUGGUAAACGAAUAUGGGAAACGAUAAAGAUAUUUGCUACCUCUCCUGUCAUACUCAUGUUGUUGGUUGGAGCGUGUUUUCGUCAUUCAGCUAGUUUCUGCUGGUCGUACAACUCUCAGUUAUAUUUCGACCAAUAUUACCCGGGUACCGAGGUCGGGUUGGCUAUGUCUCUUACUUCUAUAAUUGGAGGAACUGUAGGGAUUGUAACAGGAGGAAUUCUGUCUGAUGUACUUGCUUCGAGAUACGGCGUUCGUGCUCGAUUAUGGGUUCUAGUUGCGAGUCAAACUAUCGCGGCUCCGCUGGCGGCCGGGACUUUGUUCUUUCCACCCCCGUAUGCAUUCAUAUGCCUUUUAUGUGCUUAUUUAUUUGCCGAGAUGUGGUUCGGGGUUCUGUUUACUGUACUAGUUGAAUUUUUCCCAUCCAAAUCUCGAGCGACCGCAAUCUCAAUGUUUAUCUUCAUCAUAAACAACGUCGGUGGGAACGCUCCCCUAAUUGUACCUCCAAUUAUCGACCAAAUAGGGUUUCGCGAAGCUUUGUACAUUGUGUACCCGGGAUUUUACCUUGCCGGUGCCGUCUUUUUUCUAAUCACACAAUUACUUUUGCUUCGACAUAAAUUCCCUCAAAGUUCUCAAACAACUUCAGACGAGAAUAUAACUGAUCCAGACUCUGAAAUAUUUGGCUCCAAACGUUCCAAAUUAUAGAUUUAUGCAAAAGUAAUAAAAUAUACACUUUUAAAGUUAAA